ACAAGCCUCGUGCUGUCGUUAGGUAAGAUGUGUUAUGUAGCUUUAGCUAACUGAGCUAGCUUUCGGUGUGGACUGUGGAGCAGGAGUGAGUCGCUGCUGGUUCAAUGGUCUCCUCCUCCAGGCUGCGUCUUGUUUGGCGUCACUUUGUCAAUAGUAGGAUGGGAGACAUGGCCUCUAAAGCCGAGAUGCCGACCGCAGAGACAGCACUCCCCGGACGGACUGACAGCAUGAAAGUCUCCGCCAAACAUGACGUGAACGGCAACAGGACUGUUCCACCUUUUCCGGAAGGGACAGAGACGGCCAUAUUUGGAAUGGGCUGUUUUUGGGGAGCGGAGAGGAAGUUUUGGAGACAAAAAGGGGUUUACUCUACCCAAGUGGGCUACGCAGGAGGGUACACACCUAACCCCACCUACAAGGAAGUCUGCACAGGUAGGACAGGCCAUGUUGAGGUGGUGAGAGUUAUCUACCAUCCAGAGAAGAUCAGCUUCGCCAACCUGCUCAAAGUUUUCUGGGAAAGCCACGAUCCGACUCAAGGGAUGCGUCAGGGGAACGAUUUUGGGACGGCUUACCGCUCAGCCAUCUACGUCGACACAAAGCAGCAACUGGAGGAAGCUUUGGCCUCCAAAGAUCAAUACCAGAAGGUCCUAACAGAGGAAAACUAUGGUCCGAUUACAACCGAAAUAGACGAAGCCAAGCCAUUCUACUACGCCGAGGAUUACCACCAACAGUACCUGAGUAAAAACCCUGAUGGAUACUGCGGUCUGGGAGGGACUGGGGUCUCCUGUCCAAUAGGAAUCAAGAGCAAGGCUUAGAUAGCCAAUGACAGCCAAGAUCCUCCACCAUCAGUAAAAAUGCAGCAAUAGAAAGAUUUCAGGGGGGAUGCAGGGACACAUCCCUCAUAAUAUUCUGUUCUAAAAAUGUUCUAAAUAUUUAAUAUUUUGAACAUGCAUUCUUUCCCCCUUGAUAAAAACAUGAUUUAGCAAAAGACUUUUAUUUUGACAAAAAUCCAUAAAAAUGCAGCAAAUUAAGGCCCUCCAUCUCAUUUAUGUCCCCUCAAAUGCUGAAAUGAAACCAACGCCCUUAGAUGGAGUGAUUUUUAAAUUACUUACAGAAACAAAAAUCUCUGCAUUUGAAAUAUUUAUAUUUAUAUGAAGGAGCAUAGCAUCAGUCUAAUAUUCACACUACUGAACCUGAUAAUUUCUCAGGAUUAAAACCAAAUUUUGCUCCAUGUCUAUGAAAAGAAACUGUGAUUCUCAAAAGCUGCAGCUUAGAUUGCACAGAAAAGAAUAACACUCAAUUUGAUGCAGAUUUCUUUCUGAUGUAAUCCAGUGACACGUAACAUAAACUGCAGUGUAGAGACCGAUUAAGGUUUUUUCAGCUCUUUGCUAAUAGUAAACAUACUAUAGUGCCUCAAAAUGUACAAAUGAUGUACAUUCAGUGAUAGCAUGUCACUUCUGUGAAAGGCUUAACACAAAAUAGACUCCUCAACACAUACAAUACAAUUCAAUGUGUUAAAUAUAUCAAAAUGUGAGUAUAAUCUCAAGAAAUCAAGUGAAAAGUGGUGAAUGCCUACAAAGUCUCAGCACAAAACUCGGUGUCUAUGAUCCAUUUCACUGUUUUUCAUACAUAACAGACUGGAUUUUGUUUUGACUGUUUUGAAUUACAACUGCAGAUAAAAAAAAGGUUUUUAUGCUCAGGUUGCUUUAUAAAUGAUAAUUUAUGUCAGUUUAAUUUGAAACUAUUGCAGUUUAUGUUUUAGAAGUCUGUAGAGGAAUGGAGCAUUUUAAAAGCCUCUGAAAUAAGAGGUCUAUAUUGUCUUUUCAAUUUUCUGAGUGCUGUUCAGAUGUAAAGACACUGAUUAUGUAUUUCAAUUUUAAUGGAUGAUCAGGAUUUGUAACAUCACAGACCUAAAGAACCAUUCCUCUCAACACAGGGGAACUUUAAAUCUUAAAUUAUUUCAUUGUUUUCUCAUUAAAUUUGCUGCAGACUAUGUGAACAACAAUUUUAAAAAAUAAAAAAAAAUGGUGUCAUAUA